CUUUUCUUGCCGCAGGAGUGAUUCUCAGAUCAGUAGACAUGCUCUGUUCCCUCGUCCUAUUGACGAUCACUGAGCGAGUUGUUCGCUCCGACUCCGAAAUGACGUCGUGUCCGAGGAGUCCUUCUCGGAUGGAGAAAAACUCGAGGUAGAAACUCAUUGGAGUUUUAGCCACUGGGGCAGGAUCUUCGGCCAAAGGUGCCUAAUAAUAGCUUUUCCAGGGGCAUCCUGCCCCACCGUGCACAGCCUCACUACCCCGUAUUUUCGCCUCAACAUAGCUGCUUCAAAUUUCCUUCGAGAACUCAUGGCGCAACCUCAACAACUUCAGCAUCAUGCCCUCAUCUGAGAGAAAGUCCCCAAUGGCCUACGGACCAUGGAAACUCUUUCGUUUUGUGCUGCGCGUUAUCUUGUCUGCCGUGCUGGCUUGGUUCGUUCUCGCGCUGCUCUGGGCCUUCAUUCCCUCUCCAUUGCGAGACCACGACCCCGACAAUGGCAGCAUUCAUGCCACAUCUCGAUUGCGCGCUGGCAAGACCCUUACCAGAGUAUAUGACUCCCAUUACUUUCGCAUCGAACACAAUAAUCGACAAGGCUUCGCAAUCGACUACAAGCUGGACAUGAACGACCUCACAAUCACAAUCGAUGGUGCCGACCAUCCACUGCCAAUAUUUAAGCAAGGUCAGACGGUGGACAGCGUCACGGAGCAGAUCAACGCCACAGCACGAAUCGGAGACCGAGACGGGGCCAAUCUCCCCUGGUUCGAGUUCGCAGACGCGGUACUGCUAUACUGGUGGAUACAAAAAGACGAUCCACAAUUCCUCGUGGACAUAACUUGGACCGUGGAAGGGGAUGGGGAAGAUUUUCUGCGGAGGAUGGAGGUCCGGGUUGCGGGACGUCCUGGUCGAAGAGCGCUCCUCACGCUCGAGAUGCAAGGCUCUGACACGUCAAGCAUCGUUGUCGAAGCCCCAGAGAGACCAUACUCUUUUUCGCCGUCCGAGACCUAUCCAGUCCGCGUUGCGCUCAUUCACGUCAUUGCACCCACGGCUGUGUUUGUCAAUGGCCUGCUCGGUGGUUUCGUGGGACAGGCCAUCGAGUCGGUCGUCACUACAAUAUUCGUCCUUUUCGUCAUCGCAGUGUAUGGAUUCUUUGCCUUGGCGAUUAUGUUUUCUAUAGGGCGCUGUGUUGGAGGACCGUCUUUCGAAGUUGUGGUUGAGAGAACACAAGCUCGCUUGGAUAACUUGCGGGAGAAUGAAAGGUUGCGGGGUUCAAGGAUUGAGGUUUUGCAGGAGAGGUUGGAGAGGCUGUGUCAGAAUGAGAGAUUUAAGAGAGCAGUGGAGAUUUGUAGGAAUGGAUGGCAUCCGGAAAGAGAGAUGGCGAGGGCUGCUGAGGUUGAGAUUGACGUGGAGAAGGAAGCUUCUCCGAAGGAAGGGCUCGAUUGAGAGCCUCUUGGCUCUGCGAUUACAUAAGUUGCGCCUGCGGACAGGCACAAGGUACUGCUUAUAAGAAAGUUCGAUACACUGGAUUCGUUUCGCCUCUGCUUCAUAUCACGGAAAGCCCCUCCUUGGCUCCCGCGCCAGUUCCGCUU